CUAGAAUACCCUCAGGCGCCCCAGCAGUGCUAAUGGAAAGAGCAUGCAGCCUACCUGCCCAAAGAGCAGAUGCUGAGGUACCUGGACAGACCGCUACACUUCUGCUAGGGGAAGGGUACCCUGGUAUCGCACCCACUCCGACUGCCCCACUACCCCGCCAUCCCAUCGCUCAAUUGGUCUGCCUGCCUGCCUAGCAGUUGCUGUUCGCUAGGCGAGCUAUCCCUUUAGCGUCCGCCCAAAAAGUUGGCGUGAAAGGCACCUACCUGGGAGGACCGGACUAGAACUCGAGCCCCACCACUCACAUUGAACGCUGACCCUGAUAUUGACCGACCUUCGUCAAAGCCAUUCAUACUUGAGAGUCGCAUACUGAAAACCAUCUUCUUUCAGGCAAGACUCAACAGGCGUCGCAAACGGACCCCUUCUCUUGACCCCCCACCCCCACCUCUUUGGAGCAACACGAGGCGUCUCCCCUAGCCGCUUCCUGUUCUCACCCCUCAUACACCUCAUCCCGCGUCCCCUCAACUCAACUCAGCGCAUCGCAUCUGCUCGCGACGCGGUCGUCGACCAAGGUCACCAUGGCAACUUCUUGGGCCGAUGACGUUGAGAACAACCUAAGCGAGCCCAGCUACGAUGUUGAGGUCAGCAGGUCGAACCUCGACGUCGACACCGACAACCCCCUCUCGGCUGCAAAGACCUUUGAGGAUCUCAACCUCUCCGAGGGCAUCUACAAGGGUCUUCUCGCCAUGAACUUCAAGAAGCCCUCCAAGGUCCAGGAGAAGGCUCUGCCCCUGCUUCUCUCCGACCCUCCCAGGAACAUGAUUGCCCAGUCUCAAUCCGGUACUGGAAAGACCGCCGCGUUCGUUAUUGCCGUCCUGUCGCGGAUCGACUACAGCAAACCGCACCAGCCUCAAGCCCUCAUUCUGGCCCCGACUCGGGAGCUGGCACGUCAGAUCCAGAACGUUGUCAAGACCGUGGGCCAGUUCCUCCCCGAUCUCGUUGUUGAGGCCGCCGUGCCUGGUGCCGUCGACAGAGCAACCGGUGUUAGAGGCUCCGUGGUUGUUGGUACGCCUGGCACCGUGCAGGAUACUAUCCGUCGCCGCCAGUUUGACGCACGAGAGCUGAAGAUCUUCGUUAUUGACGAGGCCGACAACAUGUUGGAUCAACAGGGCAUGGGCGAGCAGUGCAUGAAGGUCAAAAACCUGCUUCCAAAGAACAUCCAGGUCCUGCUCUUCUCGGCCACCUUCCCCGACCGAGUCAUUGAGUAUGCCGAGCGCUUUGCGCCCAACGCAAACUCAAUGCGCCUCAAGCAGCAACAGCUCACCGUCAAGGGCAUUUCGCAGAUGUACAUGGACUGCCCGUCCGAGGGUGACAAAUACGAUGUGCUCGUGAAGCUCUAUGGCCUCAUGACCAUCGGCUCCUCGGUCAUCUUCGUCAAGACCCGCGAGUCGGCCAGUGUUAUCGAGCAGAGGAUGAUUGCCGACGGCCACAAGGUGUCGGCCCUGCAUGGCGCCUUUGACCCAGCCGACCGUGACCGCCUUCUCGAGGAGUUCCGGCAGGGAAAGACCAAGGUCCUGAUCACCACAAACGUCCUCGCCCGUGGCAUUGAUGUUUCGAGCGUCUCUAUGGUUAUCAACUACGACAUUCCCAUGAAGGGCGCUCGAGAUGCUGAGCCCGACGCAGAGACCUACCUUCACCGUAUCGGCCGCACAGGUCGUUUCGGUCGUGUGGGCGUCAGUAUCAGCUUCGUGUCGGACCGCAAGAGCUUCCAAGCCCUGGCCGAUAUUUCCAAGCACUACUCUAUCGACCUGGUCCAGCUGAGCCCAGACGACUGGGACGACACGGAGACCAAGAUCCACGAGGUCAUCAAGUCAAGCCGAGCCCAGGAUACUUACAAGCCCGAGGACCUCCCCAAGGCGGUGGAAAACCUUCAGGUUCAGGAUCCAGCCCCCGCCGCGCCGGCUUCGGACCCUGCCCCUGCCCCGGCUCCGGCGGCCCCUGCCACCCAGGGCUAGAACAACUGGGUGCCGAGUGGCUUGAAUGCUCCGAACUCGAACUGGGGUCAGAACUGGGGUCCAGGCACAACUUGGACGUAGAAGCGGCUUCCACUGACCAGAGGCCGGAGUUGCAUAACAUGGCAGCCCUGGACAUGGAACCCGGGUCAUUACCGCAGUAGCAGCUCGCCCGAACGGAUGAGCGGAGGAUUCAUGAUGGGCUACCUCCCUGAUGAGAAAACGACAGGAUGGUGUGCGCUGGUUUUGUUCUGGCCGCUUGAAGACAAGCGUGAGUCGCAAAGGACACGACCUGGACAGAUGAUGUUGGGAAUUGCUAUACAUGAAGAAAAGUUGGUCGGUGGAUGGCCUGGCCCAGGGAAAAAGUCUAGAAGGUGUAAUUAAGAUUCCCCAAAGAGCAAUGUGACAUAGGAUCUGCCCCAAGGUCGAGCCAGAUGGUCGCGAUCGCACAAGA